AUUGAAAAACAUUAUGUAUCUAUAGAGCCUUUACAUUUAAAUCCAUGGUUGUCAGGAUUUAUAGAAGCAGAUGCUUCUUUUCAAGUAAGAACUACUCUUUCAGGUAUAUAUCCUAAAUUUGAAUGUAAAUUAGAAAUAUCCCAAAGACGAGAAGAUCACAAAGGAUAUGAUAAUUUAGAUUUUUUAACUUAUAUUGCUGAGUUUUUAGAAACAGAAGUAAAAAAAAUAAGAUCGGAUAAACCAAAACCUGAGUAUAGAGUUAGAACUACUAACCUUAAAGGUAAUAUUAGAAUUAAAAAUUAUCUUUUAGAAUAUCCUUUAUUUGGAACUAAACAUUUAGAUUCCUUAGAUUGA